CAAGCAUCUUUGCAGCGAAUGACUUCUUGUUUACAAGUAUAUUCAUGUUGUUGGUGAAUUUUCUGCCGAGAAAAAAGAACUGUAAACUAGUAGUUCGUCCUGUUUGAUCCAGAAAGAAAACAACUGCGUCUAAUUUCGAAAGCAAUGACCGUGACCGUUUCUCUAUCGGACGAGAAGCCACCAUUCGGUGGUACUAUUCCGGUGCCGGAACCACACCCGAAUCUAGUUCGUUGCAGCGGAAUAAACAAUGGUAAUCUCAAAUCAAAAUUCGUAAUACUGCAACUUGUACAAAUUGUUCUCGGCAUCUUGGCACUGGUUCUGGUUCGUUCGCCUUUUCACGAGAACCCCAUGUUUGCAUGUGGUUUCAUGUUUUUCGCCUUCAACACUUCACUACUAAGUGCGGCAAUUCUCUGGGAUGGAUUGAAUGAGGGGAAACUGCGCCAACGGUUUGGACUGGUGCCGGAAGUUUGGAACACUGGGGUACUGUACUACACUGGCAUCGUAGGAUUGCUGUACUACGUCGGUUCCUACGGAAUGUGUGCUAUGUUCAUCGGAAGUUACUACCCGGUGAUGUAUCUGUUGUCCGGCGUGUUUGGAAUGUUGGCGUGCUACUCGUACGCCUACCACUGGUGGUUGCAGUACAAGGGACGGUUGAUGGCGGCUAGAGCGCAGGAUGCAACUACAAAUCACCUGUCAUCGGGGAAGCAGGACCAAGCGAUUCCGGGAACUGAUUUUGUACAAUUCUGACAUUGAAAAGUAAUGGUUUUGGCUGACAUUAUUCAGAUUUAAGGGUUAAAACGAUCGAGUUAUUACCGGAAGAGAAAGUAAACAAUAAGAAUCUCAUUGUAACAUAUGUUCGCACUGCGAAGUUAAAACGCGUUUUAAUAAUCGCACAAUCGUUCAGGAGAACCAACUAUGGUCGCCAGACCGCUGUUGCCGGACUUCAGCGUAUUUAUAACAGUGUAGCAACAGCUUUUAACUUCAAUCUGACGAGGAAUUCUAUUAAAGCUAAAAAAAUUCUACCCUAAAAUGUAAUUAGUUUAAGCAAUUACCAUUGGGACCAAGGGGUCUGUUGGUGAAGAUACAACAAAUAAACAACAUUUUUUGAUUUUAGUA